AUGACGCAUGCCCAGGAAGCGCCUUUUAUUGCCCGGACGAGGCUUGUCCCGCACAACACAGGUGGGUUCGUCGACGAACAAGAAGCGUGGUGGGUGGGCAUUGCGGGCUUGUUGGCGUCCCGCCACCAUCUUGCUUGCAUCGAGUCGACCAUCUCGCGCGAUGGCCUGUUUCCCCCUUCGGCGGGUCUCGCCCCGACGGCCCAUCGCCAAACUGGCAUGGUCUCGUUGCCGCCCUGGGGUGGGAGGCGCCCCAACGGAGCGGCGACGGCAGCAAAAGUCAUGCAACGCGAUCAGGCUGCAGUUUUUCACGACGUUUGUCUGGCUGUCAACCUCAUCCAUGACCUCUUCGUAUCCAUCCAUCCAUUGACCCAUCCAGCCAUUCAUCUCAUCGAUACUAGCCAGUGCCUUUGCCCUUUUUCUUCGCCAUUGCGGGUCACCGCUGCUGCCUUCACGGUCCCUGGCAAUUUUGACCGUUCUGAGUCGGUCUCUUCACCGCUGCCCCGUAUCUUACGUGAGAUCUCGUCGUUAUAUCGCUGA